UCUUUGUGUGCUUAUUGCGCGGGUGUGGAAACCAUGUUGCUGAUGACGGCUUCUAUUUGGCACCGAGUGUCAGCAGCAGCGCCGGGAUGACCGCACGGGUUCGCCGUGCACCCUGGUUCAACCAAGCUGCGCAAUACCUAUUACUUGUUGGUGCCAUUGCUUCAUUGUGCGGAUUUGGUUUCCUUUGGCGAGUGCACAAUGGCGCCAUGCAAGUAUACCAUGAAGAAACUGUGGGGGGGGCUCAGCAGCAACAGUUGGGCGUUUUGGAUCAACAGUUGCGCAAGCUGUUGGCAAGCCCGGGUUUGCCAGCAGUUUCGCCCAUAUCAUUGCCUUUCUCAGCGGCAGCUAAUGGUGAAGGCAGCAGAAACAAUUUCUCUGAGGGCAGUAGCCUCAGUAGUUGGUCAGGCACGUUUGCAUCAGAAGGGCCAUUGGACUCCGUAGGAGUUGCUCAAGGAGAUCCAAAUGGCCAAGAUAUCCAAGAAGACCCCUCAGACGAGGGAGGCGGCGCAGGUGACACUGAUUGCCAUGAUACCCACCCCAAUGCAGAUAGUCCUGACAUGCUUCACGUUGUUUUUGCAUCAGAUGCGAACCAAGCUGAAGGUGUCCAAGCAAGUGUGGCAUCGGUGGUGUCCUCUACAGCAUCUCCUGACGAACUCACAAUUCACAUCAUCGUGCAAGCACAGUCGUUGAAUGACUUCAAGAUCCGAUUUGGGAUCCGUCCAGAGUGCCAAGCCACUGUCAGCGUGACUGGUGUUCUCAUCAAGGUUCAUGCAGUUGACGGUCGUUUGAUUGAGAAGUCUGUGGCAAAGGUUUCGUCCAACCUUCGCAAGGAAAGAGGCGCAAUCGACACACCAGAGAACUUUGCACGCUUCUACAUGCACUUGAUCCUGGAAAGAGCUGUCGUGAUAUACUUGGAUGCGGAUACCAUCGUGCAGGCAGACCUUGCAGAAUUGCGCAAGCAACUCUUGGCGAGUGGGAAGACCAUAGGUUUUGUCUCCCGCGAAACGGAGGUGAAGAUGGACAAGUUUCUAAAAAAGCCCAAAGGCUGCAGCGCUCAGCUUGGCGCAAGCUGGAAGAAGCUGAUUUCUUUGCAGGCUUUCAAUGUUGGAGUCUUUGCCGUGAACCUGCAGCGUUGGAAAGAACAGCAUGUUGCAGAGAGAGUCGAAGAGCUCGUGACGCAACACAACCGAUGUGGCGGCCAGCUUUGGGUAGGCGGAUCUCAGCCACCUUUGCUUCUCGCAUUUCUCAAUCUGAAGCAGGGGGAAGAAAAGGAUUACAUCGUUUUUCCGGCAGAGUGGAACUAUGGAGACCUGGGUUGGAGAAAAAACAUUGGCUCCUCAAAGCUCCAGUCGAAGAAAGUCUUACAUUGGAACGGAAGCCGAAAGCCAUGGAAGACAGAUGGUUUGUACAAAGAAAUGUGGCUUCCACACCGCCAACGGUUUGAUUCGCUGCUGAAGCCAUACAGUGCUGGCGACACUGGUGGCUCUACUCAGCGGCCCGAGCCAAAAGAGAAAGGAAAGAAAAAAAGUGCGGACCUAAGAUGA